AUGGGUUCUAAUCAUUCGAAGACACAAAGACCAAUGACUUAUAUUCAAAGACCUGGUCAAUAUGGACAAACUGAAGACGAAGUUGUCAAUUCUUUACCGAAUGUUGAAGAUUCUAGUCGUUACAGAUAUCUACCACCAAGCAUGAUUUCUGAUUCAAAUGUUCUAAUGGCGAGAUCAAAGAGAAAGACUUGUACCUCAAACCCAGAAAAUACAUCGCCAUCAGUGGUAGGCCUACGAUCAUCACCCGGUGUUGAAGAUUUGUUAGAUAUUGAAUUGCCAAUGGCAAUGGAUGCAGAUGUUAGUAGUGAUGAUGCCAAUGGUUCGGUGAAUGAAGACUGUGGUGUUGAAAUUGACAUUGACGACAUUUCUGUCAGUAAAAAAUCGAGAAGAAAACCAGUUGAGAAAAGAGAAUAUUUCUUCAAUAAAGGACGAAAAGAAGAUGUAACUGCUAGUGCUGAUAAUGAUUCUUACAAUAACCUACUGAUUGAUGAUAGCCGCUCUUGUGAAGGUGUUGAGGCUACUAAGCCUACAAAUGAAGGUGGCAAUACUGCUGAACCCAAGGAUUGGAAGGUGUGGCCAAUAGAAUCGCAAGAACAGAAAUAUCAAGAUGAUCAAUUUUUAGAGAUACUUAAAGAGACACCCACCCGAGCAUGUCACAGUAAGAAAUACUCAGAUAACAAAGUUUUUAAGGAACAAGACCUCGCACCAUUGAAACAAGAACAAAGCUCAGAGGGCAUCAGAAAGCAAUUGUAUCUGCAAGGAAUCAUCGCCGACGAAGCUUCAGAAACUGAUUCUAAGGAAGACUUGUGGGAUAAGAGUUUCAUAAGGGAAUGUGCAGAGUCAAGACUGGAACGACCAAGUCAUGUGCGACUUCCUCCAAUAAAAUCCUUAGACAAAUUGGCUUUUGCAAAUAAACGGUUUGGAUUUCGUCAACGCGGUUGUUCUACAGCUAAAGUGAAUGGUUGUGAAAGGUCUGAUCACGAAGAAAAAGGGUCACAACAACUAAAGACUGACAAAAUUCUCCACAAAAUUGAUACUUUAGAUCUAGUGUGA